AUGAGCAUAGAGAAUUUCCCCUCACUCAGCUCUGAAGAGUUCACAGAAGCAUGCCAUCAUCUCGACAGGCAAUAUUGCCAGGCCUCACUAGGCCCCGAGCGAGGGCGCUGGAAACUCAGGCUUUGCAACGCACUCUGUACCGAUUUUUCCUAUGGUGGAGAUUUUACGACAUAUAUUCAAAUAAGACGUCCUCUCGAAUUUGACUUGGAUCACGGAGAUCUCUCACUAGACUUGGACGGGUUUUCCUUUUCGGACGAGAAGAACCAUCAUGUAUCAAUGGCGGAGGAUAAGGAUAUGAUAGAUGCUGAAGAAGCAGACGAGGUAACAUACCCUCGGUACAUUGUAUUGCUUCCCUUAAAAAUUCAGGUUUAUCUUACGAAACUGCAGGCUGCUCUUAUAAGACAGCGAGCUCGUCCAGAGAUUGCCAUGGUGGAAUACGAAAUUCAUCUUCACCCUACAUAUCGUGUGCCUUGCCUGUGGUUCACUCUACGCAACCUACCCGCUGAUGAACCCGCGUUUGACGUUGACACCGUCUUUCGCCGUCUUGUGCCUGAUGAGUACAAGGCUGGUCUUCGGAAACUCGGCAACGUAGGUGGGAUAUCGGCCGAUCAUCACCCUAUUACGGGCGUCCCAUCAUUCUUUGUCCACCCAUGCUUGUUAGGAGAUGCUAUCUCCAAAUUUGAGUGCGACAGGACGAACUACCUCAUGAUAUGGCUCGGGCUUGUUGGGGGCUGCGUGGGCCUGUGGGUACCCAAAGAGAUGGCAAUGCAGUGA